AUGAUAUUCCAACGGUCGAUACGGCAGCAGGCCGGUCUGCUGGCCUCUGCAUCUCGGGGCACCCUACGGCCCCAGGUCCAGAGCAGAGCCUUCCACCGCGUCCCCCAAUUAACACACAGCACCCAUUUCCAGGAGCAUGGCGUACCGGGCGUCCUCUCUCCAGAGGGUUACAACCUUGCCUGGGUACAAUAUCAAUCGUACCUAGUUCAGAAGCUCAACAUGCUCACCGGAGGUACUGCGGAUGAGAAUGUUGGCCCAGGAACCCUUUUGAUCAAAUAUGCUCGCCAGGCCAGCAUGGCUUCUCUCUUUAACUAUGCCUCCAUGGCGCACAACAACCACUUCUAUUUCAAUUGUCUAUCACCUGAAGCCGUCCCAAUCCCAGGAAAGCUCGAAGAAGCUAUCACAGAAUCAUGCUCCUCCGUCGAAUCCCUCAAAGAAGAAUUCAUUGCGACCGCCAACGCUAUGUUCGGACCCGGAUUCGUUUGGCUAGUUAAGAUGAAAGAUACCGCCCAAUUGAAAAUCCUAGCAACCUAUAUUGCCGGCUCCCCAUACCCCCAAGCACACUUCCGACGCCAACCAGUAGACAUGGCCACUCAAACUACCGGAAUAACCGGUGGUGAGAACCUUGAGGCUGUGGGCCGAAUUGCGUCCCGAACAUACGGUUCCAUGGGACCCUUUGCACAACAGAAAUAUCUCGCUCCUGGCGGCGCCGAUAUUCACCCGAUUCUCUGUGUGAACACUUGGGAACAUGUAUGGCUACGGGACUGGGGAAUUGGUGGCAAGGCUGGAUAUCUAGAGGCAUGGUGGGAUAAGAUUAACUGGGAAGAAGUUGCUCAGAAUUAUAAGCAGGCUGGGCCGGAGUCAUCGUUUGACACGAGUAGGAAACAGAAGCCGUUCGGAUCACGUUAUUGA